AUGGAGAAUUUCGAGGCGUUCCUGGAAAAUGCAACCUCAAAAGCAUCCAAUGUUAUACCAGGUGCAGUGCUAGCCGUUGUAGACAAAAACGGGAACUACAUCUACAAAAAGGUCUCAGGAGCCAACGGUGUUCACAAGGAUGCUCAACCUCUCGAGUUCGAUCAGACUUAUUUCAUUGCAUCUUGCACGAAACUUGUGACUACAAUUGCAGCACUGCAGCUGGUGGAAAGCGGCCUCGUCACGUUAGAAGAGCCCCUGGACCGCCAUCUGCCCGAGCUCGCAUCUCAGCCCAUCGUUACACGGACGCAGCAUGGCCAGCUCGAGUAUCACCAGGCCACUGUUCCAAUCACUCUACGACAUCUCAUCACUCAUUCUAGUGGGACGACUUACGAGUGGCUUGAUCCUACGUUGCAUGCAUGGCGCGCAUCCCGAGGAGAAGCCCCAGCCUUGGUUGUCGAUGGCGACGUUGCAAAAGGCUACGCUGUUCCUCGAACAUUUGAGUCAGGUACUAGCUGGAACUACAGCGGUGGGCUUGACUGGACUAGUCUGCUCGUUGAGCGUCUCACAGGCACAACGUUCGAAGCAUACGUCGAGGAAAAUAUCGCUAAGCCGCUUUGUAUUCAGACAUUCACCUGGCAUCUGUCGCACAAAUUGUAUGUCGCAGAGAAACGCAUGCGCGUUUCAACACGCAAGGUGGAUGGCACAUUGGAAGAUGGGCCAAACCCGUUCUGGCCUGAGCCAGUAAAGGAGGGCGGUGGCGCGGGCAUGUACUCCAACGUACAUGACUUUACGAGGGUCUUAGCAGAUCUCUUGAAAGAUUCACCGGUGCUUCUCAAGAAGUCCUCAGUUGAUGAGAUGUUCACCCCACAAUUCACGCCUGGAAGCUCAGCUCUCCGGGACCUACACGCUAACGGUGCGGUUUACCAAUGUACACUCGAUGACUCCAUGGAGGGCGUUUUCGCUAACCAAGGGCUCGGUGGGCUUCUAGUGAAGAAAGACGUGAACAGAGAAAACUACUUCAGACCAGCAGAGACGUUGUCGUGGUCUGGGUUGCCAAACUUGGCUUGGAGUGUCAAUCGCGAGCGUGGCCUGGCGACUUUCUUCGCAACGCAAGUCGCACCCUGGGCGGACCGCAAGACUUGGGAUGUCAUCGCUAGAUUUGAAACAGCGACCUGGAGAAAUCUUUCAGCAUAG